CUUCCCAUUUGGAGCACGGAGCUCGAGCAGCAACAACCCACGCACAUUCAGCAGGCCACCCACCGCGCUCACCAGCAACCACCUCGCCGCAGAGUCCGGGAGCUCAGCCGCGGAUUCAGCAACCGAACAGAAGAGAAGUCUUCGGUUCGUCGGUCGUCGCGUCGAUCAACAAGGGAUGGAGAAGGCACGGCGCGAGCAUGUGAUCGGCAUCCCCGUGAGCAACAGGGCGUUCGGCAUCGAGGAGCCGGAUUUCCCGAGCAAAGCCAAGGGGGAUGCCUACCACGGCGGCGCCAGGAACCCUGCAGCCACCGCGGCGCGGGCUGGAAAAUUCGGCAGGAACGGAGACAGGGUCGCCCAGGGCCUGAAAGCACAUGUGACUCUCGGCCCAAAACUGUACGAGACCGUGAAGGGCAAGCUGUCGCUGGGGGCGAGGAUCCUCCAGGCGGGCGGCGUGGAGAAGGUCUUCCGGCGGUGGUUCCCCAUCGAGAAGGGCGAGAAGCUCAUCAAGGCCUCGCAGUGUUACCUGUCCACCACCGCCGGUCCCAUCGCCGGCAUGCUCUUCAUAUCCACCGAGAAGAUCGCCUUCCGGAGCGACCGGGCGCUGGCGCUGACCUCCCCCAGCGGCGACACGGCGCGGGUGCCGUACAAGGUCACCAUCCCGCUGCGGCGGGUCAAGACGGCCAAACCCAGCGAGAACAGGCACCGGCCGGAGCAGAAGUACGUGCAGGUCGUGACCGACGACGGCUUCGAGUUCUGGUUCAUGGGGUUCGUCAGGUACCAGGUGUCCCUGCAGGAGCUGGAGAAGGCCAUUGCGCAGUCGCAAUGACCAGAGGGCUCAGUUUGGUCGGGCGUCGUGUUUUGUUGUGGUCGUCUGGUUCAUCUGGUGUUCAUAUGCAGUAGGCUUAAAAACUCUUGGUGGAUUGCUUGGCGUUUUUGGCAGUGGAGCAAGUCCGAUAUACAUGGUAGGAGAAAUUUAGGUCAAGAGAUUUGUGGUGUCGGGUAAUUCUGCUUUGGUGCCACGGCAAAAGUGUCUCCUAUGCGGUUUUACAAAUGGAAUGAAAAACAAAAAUGUUUGUGCAAUUCCUGGAAUGUGAGCUGAAUUCUGAUCA